UGUAAACCUACCGUAGAAGAAGAAACGGCAGCAUCCCUAAUGAGCGGUUUCCUCCACUUCCGGGAAACACAUCCCUUCAUUUCUCCAAGAUGGCGACUCUGACAGUGAACCGGCCUCCGCUCAGCGGUUUCAGUUUCGACAACUGUAAGAGAAAUGCCCUCCUGGAAGCUGAAGCCAACAAAGUAGGAUGUAGUUUACCUGCUGCUCGUAAAACAGGAACCACCAUCUGUGGUCUGGUCUUUAAGGAUGGCGUGGUCCUGGGAGCUGACACCAGAGCCACAGAGGGCAUGGUGGUGGCAGACAAGAACUGCUCAAAGAUCCACUACAUCUCCCCCAACAUCUACUGCUGCGGAGCAGGAACAGCUGCAGACACAGAGAUGACCACUCAGAUCAUCUCCUCCAACCUGGAGCUGCACUCUCUCUCCACGGGACGGCUGCCCCGCGUGGCCACCGCCAACCGCAUGCUCAAACAGAUGCUCUUCAGGUAUCAGGGCUACAUCGGGGCAGCUCUGGUCCUCGGAGGAGUGGACUGUAACGGCCCUCACCUGUACAGCAUCUACCCUCAUGGCUCCACUGACAAGCUGCCCUACGUCACCAUGGGCUCUGGUUCUCUGGCGGCUAUGGCGGUGUUUGAGGACCGCUACAAACCUGACAUGGAGGAGGAGGAGGCGAAGAGGAUGGUCCGGGAUGCCAUCGCUGCAGGAAUCUUCAACGACCUGGGCUCAGGCAGCAACAUCGACCUCUGUGUCAUCACUAAAGGAAAGGUGGACUACAUCAGGCCGCACGAUGAGGCCAACAAGAAGGGAGUGAGAACCGGAGACUACAAGUACAAGCGAGGAACCACCGGCGUGCUGACCAAGCUGGUGACCCCGCUUCCUCUGGAGGUGGUGGAUGAAAGCGUACAGACGAUGGACACCUCCUAAACAUCCACAUUUAUUCCUGAUGUCUCUUCGUUUUUUCGUGAUUUACAAUAAAACUGUUUGAGUUGA